GCAACAAAACUGACGCACAAAUAGCACCGUGAACGCACCAUAUGGGGGCGGGGCUUCCGUUUGAAAGUCUAGCGGGGAAACACACACAGAUGGAGGAAGUGUUGUGUGACUGUUAGCUAGCUGUGGUUUGAGUUACAAUGUGGCGCUAACCAGUUUCAAAUAAAGCUUUACGGAUAUGUUUAGGGAUGCUUGAGGUUGUUACGAAGGACUGUGCUGUAACUUAGCGUCUCUAUUUAGUAAAUAUGAACACCGGUAAUGUAGGUGCUAGCUCCGUUGCUGUUGUAGCUGUCACUACGUCUCAUGAGACGACAACACUCAUUUUAAAAUAUGUCCUGUUAAGCACGCUGAUAGUUGGUGAGAUAAUAACGCAGUAAAGUCGUAACGUGAACCGUUUGUUGUUUCUUUCAUAUAUAACGCGAACAGGUCGGGCCUUUUUUUCUUUUCCGGCUUUUUAAAAAAAUGCCCAUUUUCGCCUAUUGUACAAUCUGCUCGGACAUCUUUGAUCACGCCAGAGAUGUGGCUGCCAUUCACUGCGGACACACUUUUCACUACGAAUGUCUUCUUCAGUGGUUUCAGACCGCUCCUACCAAAACCUGUCCUCAGUGCAGGAAACAGGUCAGCACCAGACACAUCAUCAACAAACUGUUCUUUGACAUUGGAGGAGAGGGGGAGGAAGGGUCUGCAGACCCAGAGAGCCUGCAGAAUGAGAUUGAUCGAAUGAAGGCACUGCUAAGCUCUAAAGAUCGAGACUGGCGGGAGAAACAGAAGGAAAUGGACGGCUUGAAGGACACGGUCAACAAGCAGAGGAGAGACCUGGACGCCAUGCGGAAAGAGGUCAUGGAAAAGGAGAUGCUCUGCGUCGCUCUCAAAAAGCAGAUGGUUUAUUUGGAGACGCAGCAGAACGAAAUUCAGGUGGCGAAGGAGGAGGUCCGCAGACUGAGGGGCAAAAUGAAAACCUUUGAAGGCCUGAAUGUGCUGCUGCAGGGUCAGCGAGGCGAAGUGGAGUCCAUGAUCACAGAUAUGGGUGUGAGCCAGGCAGCAGUGGAGCAGCUCUCCAUCUACUGCAUCUCUCUGAAGAAAGAAUAUGAUAACCUCACAGGAAGACUCAAGUCUUCAAACGACAUGUGCGAGAAGCUGAAGAGAGAAGUUCUCUCCUCAGACAGCAAGCUGCAGAAGGCUUCCCGGGAGGCGCUUCAGCUCAAAGAGGAGUUGAAGUCUCUGCAGAAAGACCUGGUCGGCGCCGACAAGGAGAUCUCCAGUCUCAAGAAGAAAGUGGAGUUUCUCCAGAAGACUCUGAGCACGCCGACACGCACCAACGAAGCCCUCAGCAGGCUCGUCUUCGAAAGCCCGGCGCCUCUGGAACUGAAGCCCCCCAGCCUCCACCAGCCGGCGCACGGUGACGACAUCGACCUCAACAUGACCUAUGACAUCGCCACGCCCGACGUCUCGUCAAAGAGAUCGGCCCAGGUUCCCUCGAAGAAGAUGCGGCUGGAGCGACCUGGAACGUCUUCGUCAAAAUACGGAGAGAAACUUUCCUGUCUGAGCAAGAAUGAAGAUUCAACGCUUGAUCCUUUUUUGAGGAACUCCCUUCUGUUCAGAAAGAAGAUUCUUAGAAGCAUGUUGGACCCUCAGAAGAAGGCUGGAGUCGUCCAAACUGGCUACGAUGGAUUAGGAGGACGGACUAAAUUCAUCCAACCUUCUCCUUUAUCCGAGAUCCGGCCUCUGCUGAAAGCCAAAAGGAAAAAAGUAACUCGGCCUCCCUCUACGAUUCCAACAUGUCCGACUCUGGACAGCUUCCUGGAAUGAAGUCGGGACGUUUGGGGGAGAAACCAAUCAGUGGUGCUGCUGUGGGAGGGGGCCCACAGCAGGGGCACCAGAAGGAGGGACGGGUCAAGCGGCAGAACUUUGUAAUUACUUCUUUAUUAAAAGUCAGGAGAACGCACCUCAGAAAACAACAAAUGGUGCCUUUAUUUUUUAACAUCAACAUGUCUGAUGUAUAGUCUUUUUUUGUUGUGUGUUAUAAAUUUGUUUAGAACACAAAUUCAGUUUGUCCUGAACCAUUAUUAUUGUUGUUGAUUAGAACCAUUAUUGUCAGAGUUUAUUUUCCCGCUUUCAGAUGAUUUUCACGGCAUUAUGUCAUAAAGAUUCACAGUUAGAUUAAUUAUGUUAUAGUUUUUUGUUUUUUUUAAAUCUCUCGCUGAAUGUCAACCAGCUCAAAAA